GUUUAGUGCAGAGACUUUAAAAAUAGAGUUUAGAUAACUUAUAAUAAAUAACAAUGGUUUUUUAAUAAUACAUUAUAAAGCAAAUUUUUUCGAAGUGAACAAAAUACAAAGAUUUAUAGAAUUAAUAAUGGUAAAUAAUGGAGAGCCAACCAACUGAAUCUGUUGCUUCCGGAAACGCAGAAGAGGAUUGGGAGAUUUAUCAAAUUUUAUGUGAAGGGGAUCAACAAAAGGAAGUAAAGAUGGAAGACCAUGGUGAAGUGGAUGUAACAACUUCUCUAAGGAGCGAAGUAGCAGCUUUGCAAUACAAAAGAGAUAGAUUAACACAAGAGGUAGAAGAAAUGAGGUCACAAAUACGAUCCCGCGACCAGCGAUGUCUGGAGUUACAAAUGGAAGCAGAGCAACUCAGGGAACAAUCAGCUAGGCAGAACGUUAUCAUUAGUUCGUUGAAAAAGCGAGUACAUGAGUUGGAAGAAAGAGAACGAAAUUUGUUUGCCUCUCAGGGAAGAAGUGAGAUAGCUUUACAAACGGCUCAAAGAGAUAUCAGAUACAAUGAAGAAAAAGCGAAAGAAAUGGAAUCGAAGGUCAGACAUCUUGAACUUGAACUACUAGCAGAGGAGAAAAAGAAAGAAGCCGCUCGAACGCAGUUUCAAGAUUUUGUAAGGAGAUUAUCCGUCGCAUUAGGCGCUGACAUUAUUGACAGUUCCAGUGUUUCCACCGAAGCACUAGUGCUAAAAGCAUCCGAAUUAGUGCAGGAAACAUCUAGAUUAAGAAACAAAGCUCACAAUAUAAGCGACACACUUGGAUCUGCUGAAAUAGAACUCCGAACUUGUAGAGAUAAUCUGAAUAGAGCUCUGGAAGAUAAAGAAAUUCUACAAAGACAGUCUGCCAAUCAAAUUAUAGAAAUUGAUCGUCUCAGACAGGAAAAGGAAUCUUUAGAAAUGCAACAUCGUGUCACGGAAAGAGAACUGUUAGAACUGAAAGAAAAACUAGCGAUGUCUACACGAAGUUUAGGAUCUGCUAGUGGAAAUAUUGCUCAACAAGAAUCCUUAAUUUGCCAACUGAGAGAUGAUCUAAAACUGAAAGAAGACAAAAUUCAGAGGUUGCAAUCGGACCAAAAACAUACGCUUGAGUCAAUAGCUAUUUUACUGAGCACACCAACGAGGUUCGUUGAUUCUUUAGAGGGGCCAAUCAAAGAAAAAAUACAUGAAAUUUUAUCUGAAAACAAAGAAAAGUCGUUGUUAAUUGAUAAUUUAAAAGACAAAUUAAACAACGAAACGCAACAACUCAGUAGACAAAUAUCUUUAUACGAGCAAGCCAAUUCUAGAAUAAGACUAUUAGAAGACGAAAAAAAUCAUCUUGAAGCAAGAUUACACAAAGUAGAUGCAGAAUAUAACUCUUGUGAAUUAAGCAGAGAUGGACUGAAGCGUGAUAAAUGCACUUUUAUGAAUUUCUUAGAACGACUGGCAAGAGCACUGAACAUGGAUGAAAUAUCUCACGAUAUUGGUGUUGAAUUGCAUACAGAGUCAUUACUUUUAAGAGCUGAACAAUUAGCACGACUGGAAAGUGACAAAUUGGUUGACAAACUGCUUUGUUGCGGAUAUGGAACAUUGCCAAGACUAUCUUGUUUAAGACGGGAGAGAUCAUUUCACGAUAUUCCAUUACGUGAUACCUCGAUGGUUUAUCAACUGCAACGUCGCGUCCGCACACUCAGGGAACAAGUACAAAGAAAAGAUCUUCAUUUAGAUCUUUUGCGUAGAAAACUGUCUUUGCAAGAAGACACCGCCAAAACAAAAUGUCUGCUGCAAAGCGAAAGAGACGAGGCGAAUGCGAGAGUGAAGAAAUUGGUUAAACAAGUUGAUCGACUGCAAUUACAACUUAGUGAAGCCAAAAGCCAAAUUAGGGAUCUCAAUAGUCAAUUGGCCGAAGCAGCUGAUUACAAGAUCACUGCUUUAGAACGUGGAAGGAAAAUUGAAGAACUCCAAAAAAGACUGAUGGAAUCGGAAACUUUAAGGACCAAGUAUAAUAGAAAGGUGACAUUGCUGAAAGACCAAAUUCGUCAUAGCGGUGAUACGAUAGAUCAAGAAAGAAAUAUUAGUGAACAUUCCAUGCAAAUAUUAAGAGAUGAGCUAGCACGUGUAAAAGAUACACUCUCCGAAGUACAAAGACGCGAAGCACAGUUGCAGUCAUUCAAACAGUCCAUUGCAAAAAUAUUGGGUGUAGUUCUGCCAAUGCCCGACUACGAACUAGUGUCACGAUUACAAAAACUGGUAGAUGCCCAUCACGACUUCACACUAGUUUCCAGAAGAUAUGACGAUCCUGUUCUGAGAUUAACUGCCCGAAGUCCAACUGGAGGUUCCAGGUGUACAAGAACACCAGACAGAUCUCGAUAUGACGAUUCUGGAUAUGUGGAUGGUGUAGAUUUAGAUAAUUCUGACGAGGACUUAUAUAAGAGACAAGGAAGACAACAUCUUUGCUGACGUUCAUUAAACAGAAGAUAAAGUGGCACAAUAAAUCAGCGAUGACUGAGAAAUAUUACAAAAUUAUAUUUGAAAAGAGGGAACAAAAUUUGAUUGAUGAACGAAACUUCGAUGAAAAUGAUAUAACUGAGUUGAUAGUAGUUUGGAAUAAAACGUUUAGUCACUGAAAAGUCACGUUAGAAAAAAAUGGGUUUAUUGAAUAACAUAUUGCACAGAGGAAUCGGAACAUUACGACAGAUAUACCUAGAUAAAAUGCAUUAUAUUUUCACUUAUUUAAAUGUGUAAUUUCUUGUUUUGUUUUAUAAACUACAAAUGAGAGUUAUUCUAUAUACUAGAACAGUAUAAACAGCUAAAUU